AUGCGUGCUGGCUGUCAAUGCGCCGGUUAUCGUGAUCCAGAAGCGAUUCGCUUCCAUGAUGAGAGCCAGCGGAUCACAGAAAGGGCUUGUCGGCGUGAUGGGAUCGACGCUCUGACCCUUAUAUCGCGGCCGACCGACCAAAUUGAAUCCCUCAGCAUCUCUAUUCACGAGCGUGCCGCUAACUUUAUCUUCACACACUAUGUGCGCGGAGGUUCAAGCCUACCGGCAGGUAGUCUUGUCUUUUUGACCGACUUACUACCCAUAGACAAUGGUAAUCUGUUAACUCCGGCCAUUCAUGCCUUAGGACUGGCAUCUCUGGCGAAUAUUCAUCGGCCGCCCCGGCUGGUGCUCGCCGCACGGGCAGAGUAUAGCGUUGCCCUGGCGGCGACGAACGCGGCGCUACGGGACCCGCGGUGCUGCCGAACCGACGCCGCCGUUGCGGCCGUCAUUCUGCUGGCCAUGUAUGGUGUUGUGACGUGUCAGAGCACGUCAAUCAUCAAUCGUUGGUUGAGUCAUGUAGACGGUGCGACGAAGCUGCUGGAGCUGCGUGAUUCAUCGCAGCUGGACCGCCCAGCUGGCCUGGACAUGUUCAGUCAGCUCCGCCUUCAGAUCGUCCUUGGUAACCUCUAUCGCCGGCAGUACACGCCGGAGUGGCUUCUUGAUAUCUCACAUGAGGCCAUAUCCCAUCGCACGUUGGUGGAUCGUGCGCAGGACGUAUUCUUCGUUCUCUUUGCGCGCGUGGGAAACCUUUGCGCUGCCUUGCGCGAUGGAUCGCUCCGAGACCCGGGCACCGUAUUGCAAACAGCCGGACAGAUUGACGCCGAGCUCGUUCAGUGGGCGCGAACUGUGCAUCCGAGCUGUAGAUUCACGCGAUGCAACGUGGCCGACGCCCGCGAGUCGGGUCUCUGUCUACCGCCAGAUGUGACCCAGUAUCAUGUCUAUCCCGACAUUUCCGCCCAUCAUCUAUGGAAUAACUACCGUAUUGUGCGUCUUGUGGUGCACGAGAUGACCAUCAAGUUCUGUGAGCAACUGCAGGUCUACCUGGGCACUUUACAUCCCGAACACGCGUGGACCUGUAUGCAAAGCGUUGCCAUCUCACGGGACUUGGUCGCAGAGAUCUGCGCCAGUGCGCCUUGGGUUAUGGGCACUGGCGAUCAACAAAAUAGCUCCCCCGCUGCCGGUAUGUACCGCCUCAUGUGGCCGUUAUUCAUUGUGGCCAAUUCGGUAGUCUGCGACUCCGAGACAUGGGCGUGGAUUGUCCAGUGCCUGGACCGAAUCGGUUAUCGUGUGGGCAUAUAUCAGUCUUUGACUCUGGCACAGAUUCUGCGCAACGGACAGCGAGAUCUCCGGAGCGUUGAGCCCGACCCGGAAGAUACCAUGUUGCAUGAGAAAUCGAUGCGACGCGGUCGAAGAGUUGGAGUGGGAGUGAAAGAAGUAGCUACAGUCUGGGGUGAAUGA